AUGGCGGACAGCGAGCUUGCGCCCAAGUUUGCCCCGUUCUUCUCCUUUGCCGGCAUUGCCGCUGCAAUGGUCUUCGGAUCGGCAGGAGCAGCUUACGGCACAGCCAAGUCAGGCAUUGGUAUUUCAGGUGUCGGCACCUUUCGGUCCGACCUGAUUAUGAAGGCAAGUCCAAACAGUUCUCUCAUUCCCGUCGUCAUGUCCGGUAUUAUCGCGGUUUAUGGUCUCGUGGUCGCCGUCCUCAUUUCGCAAGCACUGAACCCGACAUCGAAUCUGAGCUUGUACACUUCGUUCAUGCACCUCGGUGCUGGGCUGUCGGUCGGCCUGACCGGUAUUGCAGCUGGUUAUACUAUUGGAAUUGUCGGCGAUGCGGGUGUGCGAGCUUAUAUGCAACAAUCCCGUGUUUACGUCGGCAUGAUCCUGAUCCUGAUUUUCGGUGAAGUUCUUGGUCUUUACGGUGCUUGCUUCUAUGUGAUCGCUUCUUUUCCUCGCACGCAUCACGCAUAUUUCCUGCGACCAAAUUGGACCGGGUUGCGUUUCGUCGCCCCAACGUACUGGCAAAGAGAGGGCCCUGCGCUCAAGAGGCCCGAAGGAUCCAGAUCCCAGGUCCAGAUCCAGAUCCGGGCUGGCUGUCUUCGGAAUCGCAAGGAGUCUAGUAUUGUUAUAUUUAUUUUUCUUUCGGGAUGUAUUAUAGGGGAGCACAUGCUCGCAUAUAGAUCCGGGUCGAAUACCAAAUGGCGACGAGACCGUCAGCCCAAGAUUCCGAUUUAUCACCGUAGUUCCCUAUCCGUCCAGCCCCGCCCCCAUGGGAAUACGUCAGAGCUGGCAGAACUCUCCUUAGCCAACUCUCUUGCCCCGCGAUUUCUACGAACCCCCCGCGUUUACUCCAGGGGAUCUCGACCGGCAAAUGCUCCCUGUUCUGGUUUGAUAAAAGCCCCCGGAUCGAGCUGGGAAGCCGACGCGACUGGUGGCGCGCUAACCGGGUGGGCUCCUAUACCUUUUACCCGCUCGCCUUCGCCGCGGGAGGCUCUAUGCUCUGCCACUGCAAUGGCGACCGGUACAGUUCAACCCUCUGCCCCAGAGGUGCAAGGCAGUCCUAUCGCCUCGCGAAACAUCGACAUGCGGUCCCAUGAGAUCCACGAGAAGGAUAAGCACCUCGUUCAGUCCGUCCGCUCUACGUCGCAUCGCUCCGCAAACCCAUUCCUCGUCACCGAACGUCAAGAGGAGAAGCAGCUGUCGAUCUCGUCGCGAAGCCUGCAUGUCAGCGACUUCACCCUCAUCAAAACUUUGGGCACUGGCACGUUCGCUCGAGUCAGCCUCGCAAGAUUGAAGGAAUCGACAGAUAAAAACAAGGUUUAUGCGAUGAAGAUCUUGCGCAAAGCAGAUGUGAUCAAACUGAAGCAGGUCGAGCAUGUGCGCAACGAACGCAAAACCCUUGCCGCAGUGGUCGGCCACCCUUUCAUCACGACCCUCGUCGCAUCUUUCUCGGACGAACAGAAUUUGUAUAUGCUGUUGGAUUUCUGCCCGGGGGGCGAAAUCUUUAGUUAUCUUCGACGCGCGCGACGAUUUAACGAAGACACGUCGAGAUUCUAUGCGGCCGAAAUCACCAUGACAAUUGAAUACCUGCAUGACGUGCAGGGGGUGGCUUAUCGUGACCUCAAGCCGGAGAAUAUCCUACUCGACGCAAACGGCCAUAUCAAGCUUGUGGACUUCGGGUUUGCCAAGCAAGUGCACAACCGCGAGACGUAUACGCUUUGCGGUACUCCUGAAUAUCUGGCCCCCGAGGUCAUUCACAAUAGCGGUCACGGACUCGCGGUUGAUUGGUGGGCUCUUGGGAUUCUGAUAUACGAAUUCCUUGUUGGACAACCUCCAUUUUGGGAUCAAAGUCCCAUCCGCAUUUACGAACAGAUUGUCGAGGGUCGUCUUCGCUUCCCGCCCAAUAUGCCCCCUGCGGCCCAAAACAUCGUCUCUUUGCUCUGCAAAACGAAUCCAACGGAGCGACUAGGCUACAUUUCCGGUGGCUCAGCCCGUGUGAAGGCUCACCCGUUCUUCCAGGGUAUUGCCUGGGACGAUCUUUUCUACCAUCGAGUUAAAGGCCCGAUCAUCCCUCGAGUUUCACAUCCCGCGGAUACUGGAAACUUCGAAGAAUACCCUGACUCUGACAAUCGAAAUCAAAACAUCUACACCGAUGACCUCAAAAAGAAAUACGAGCCUCUUUUCAGCGAUUUCUAA